AAAACUAGAACUUUGCGUGCUCAGCUAGUUUUUAAUAAAGGAAAUAACAAUAAAUAAUUAAUGCGUAAAUAAUAAACGUAUAAAUAACAAAAAAAACGGUGAAUUUCGAAAUUCACAUAAAUCAAUUCGUUCGCUACGAUGCCCGAACUAGCCAAUAUAAACGUAGUCCAAUUCCAAACACACGCCCAACUGUCAACGCCAAACGCAGCUCUAUUUUUUUAUUGUGAAUAGGUUCCCCGUUUCGCGCUGCAAUUGGCUCGGUACGCGAAGAAAAACGCACGGCAUAUACGCGUGCGAGUGCAAGAACUAGAUUACGAAUUCGCCCUGCUAGCUAGCGCACGGAUCAUAAGUGCAUACGUCUCGGGAAAAGCCAAACCCGUCCAUUGAUUGAUUCACCGUGGAAAGGCAAGCGCAACGGGACGCAGGGUGUGAGGAAGACAUCAACAAAAAAUCCCGUGACCGUGAACGGCCGUGAUCCAGCGUUUCAUUGUCUCUAGAACAAGCUUUAAACACGAAAAUUCGUAGCUGCUCAUCCAUUCAUCGUAACAAUCGGUUCGUACGUUUCACAGGCGGAUGCAUUUUUAGUGUUGCAAAACUGGUGCUGCAGUGAUUUGUCCGUAUUUUUCCAACUCGCAACGCGAAAGGUGAACAAGUGCUUGAAGUUCAAAUCACAGCAACCUGUUUUUCCCUCCCGUUGCCCGCCCACUCGCGCUUACGUUUGUCAUCCCCCUCCACCCGUUAGGGGUAGGGCGUUAGGGUGGGUGAUGAAGCGAGUGCCACCGGGAAAGCGCGAAAACCAUCGAUAGUGAAAAUGAUAGUGAGCGCAAUGAUGCUGGCCGUGUUUUCCGCUGCUACUACUGUUCGCUGCCGUAAUACCGUCGUUGUCACCCCAACCGUGCACCAUCGUUACCGAUGAGCGGGGGAAAAGCGCUCGAAGAAAAGCUCGAGGUUGAACGAUAGCAUCCUCGUUCGGUCGCGGUUGCAUCGACGGUCCGUUUUCGUCGUCGACUGUUCUCAUCAACCAUCGUAGCAAUCGCGGUGUGGUGCCUUGUUGGUGUGCUGUGUCGUUACGAGCGCGGUGUGGAAAAGCCGAAAAGUGAAGGAAAAGAAAAAAAGGUCGGUGUUUCAUCUGUGUCGAAAGGUGUGAUGGGAGCAACGAUAGCAUAAAAGCAAAUAAAUGGUUCAUGUAUCCGUGCUGAUGAAGGUGACGGUGCUGUGAAGUGCAGUGAAAAUCGGCUAAAUAGAGAAAUCCCCGAAAGCGCAACGAAGCAGCGUAGAGUGAAGGCAGCAUAAUUUUUUUUUGGGGGGCAAAACCUCAACACUACACGCCACAUAGCGGUCGCAUUCGGUUGCGGCACUAUGCAGUGCCUAACGGGGCGUCCGGAUUUCCACCGAGGGCAUCACCACCGUCAACAACAACCACAACAGUAUCCGUGCGCGGCGGCCUCAUUCGCAGAGCCUCAUUAAAAAAGGAAGGACUCUUUCUGUGCUCAGUUAAAGAAAUCAUUGCUUUGCGAACUACAACACUUACUACGAGAGAGAGAGAGAGAGAGAUAGCGAGAGCAAUAGAAAAAGAAAAUAAAUCAAAAGCUUGGCAAGGAUACACAGAACUACAGUAGCAAACAGCAGACAGGUGGGAAAAGCAGGAACAAUGAGAACGAAACCAUUCCUGCUGAUACUGACGUGCGUGCUUAUGACCACCUUUCUACUGAUCCUGUUUGGUUCCGCCGGUCAGCAGAAUGAUUCGUUGAAAAACAUCGUCACCCAGACGCAUCAGCAAUUUCGCAACUUUAAGAAAAAUCUCCGUGAAUCAAACGCCGACCUACGGCCAGAAGUCGACCCGAAGUAUCUGGCCCAGCUUGGCUUUACGCAACCGCUCUACAAUGCUAGCCAGCGGGCAAAUUUCACCAUCGUCACAUACGCCCUGCCGGGCGAUAUCGCGUCAGCACUGCUGUACGUUCAGAAUGUCGCUAUGAAAUUUCCCGCCCAGCCACUGCUGGUGUACGAUCUCGGACUGGCUGAGUCGGAUCUGCACAUGCUGCAGGGUUCCUGCAACAGUACCUCGACCACACACUGCACUGUGAUACCGUACGAUCUGAGCAAGCUGCCGGCCCAUGUCGCCGACAGGAGUAUGCACGCAUUUCGGCCGAUCAUCAUUCACGAUGCGUUGGCCCGGUCCAAGCUGAUCCUGUUCACGGAGAACAGCGUACGGCUGAAGGGCAGCAACACUGCGCGAGAGUUCGAGGACGUACGGUUGCGGGCGGAAAAUAGUAGCUCCGGUGUGCUCGGAUGCGCAACGAAACAACCCGUCACAAGCCGAACACAUCCGAAGAUGUUUGAGUACUUCGAGAUUGCUGUCGAUAACUUCUACUUUCUGCCGAUGAUGUCGCUCGAGUUUCUUUUCUUCAAGGAUAGCGCGACGGUAAACGACAAGGUGCUGCUACCAUGGGUACGCUGUGCGCUUACCUUGGAGUGCCUGCAUCCGAUCGGAGCACAAACUGGUGGCUGCAAGUACAACAAGAAACCGCUCUAUCGAUACUCGGGAUGCCACGAGUAUGACACGUGUGCGUUCAACAUCAUUCUCGGCAUGACGUUCGGGUACGACGAAAGUAACUACUCCAACCAGGAACUGGCCAAUCUGUACUAUCUGGAAACGCUCGAGCAAGCGACAAAGAUACUGGAAAAUCGACGUAAAAACAUUAGCGACACCUCGGAACAUCCGUUUACGGAGGAUUAAGUGGGUCGCGCACAAAUACUUCGGCAAUUCCUCGAAUGUUUGUUUUCAGGCAUUUUGUUUCCUCCUCGCUCCUCCAAACAAGUCGUGCGCCCCCUCACAGCAGUGUAUUUCCUUUCACCGCAAUACAUUUUUUGCGGGGAAAUGUUGUGGAUCGCACCGCAGAAGAACAAGAAGUUUCCCAAGGAAAUGUAGACACUGUAAGAAUAGAGAGCAAAGGAAGAAAUGGUGGCGAAAAUGCUCUGCCGGAAAAUAAGUAUUAUUUGCGAAAGAGCAAAACGAGCAAAAAGGGCAAAUUGCGUCACUCACGUGAUGCCAGUACAUAACGAUGUGUGGUCCAGGACUCUGUAUAUACGUUCCAAGCACAACAGAAUGCAUGUAUUCAUUAACGUUGCACAUAUUACUUUAUAUGGUCAGCUUAAAACAAAGAUGGGAUAAAUUAGUCCUGGUAACCAUUUUUUGUGCUUAGUUUUGUGUGUUUUUUUUGUUUGUUCUAAGCAAGCGAUAAACUUUUUUUUCCCUGUUUUAUCGUUAUUAUAAAACGAACGUUCAUUUAGCCUGCAGUUAAUUUUCUCUUAGACAUCUGUUAACUGUGUGCUAUCGUUUGUAUACUCAAUAUCGUGCUUGGUUAUAUUUUUUGGGUGAGCUCUAGAAGUUAAUAGGAUGAUGAGUAGUAAAGAAGGAAGUUUGCAAAGCAAAGGGACGGAAACACAAUAGAUAGGAAUUCUCUCGCACACGGGUGGCAUAUAGAACCAAUCGGAAAGCGGCGUAGUUCAGUGGUAGAGCAGAUUGAUUCUGUGCAGUUGUGAUCAAACAAUCGAAUGGCCAAGGUUUUUAGGUUUAGAGUAAGGUACACGGGUGUUUUUGUUUUCGUUCGUUCUUCUCUGGUCGUAACAUGAAUUUGUGCCGUCUUAUUUUCGUCCCCCAAAAUUGGUGUGCUGUGCGUCCCCAUACGUAGGCAGAUUAUCAUUUUUGCGGCUUGUGAAUGUAUAUAAUUGGCCGCCAUUUGAAUGGGUUUUAAUGUUAAGCGCUUAGUUCUUACUAGCCUGUAUAUGCUUUGUAUAUACCUUGUACGCUUGGUUACAAUGAACUCGUUUACUCACACACUAACGAAUAAGGGCAGCAUUACACGUGUAAAACGCGAUACGCGGUAAUUAAACUAUAUAAUAAGCAAUGGAAAUGUAAAGCGAGUGAGUGAAAGUGUGAACGAUCGUACGUAACAAACCGUAAUUCGGAAUCGUUCACUUGUGCUGCGGCACACGCGCACGAUAAAGGUAUGAAAGCGACAACAUAUUGCAUGGGAAACGGGGAUACAUUCGAGCAAAUGUAUUGUGAAUUUACUACUACCACACCUAGGGCCAAAAAAGCACUUGUACGGUUUUUUUUUCUUUUAUCAAAAAGUUUAAACAAUGGCAGAUUUUUUAAUGCAAAAAUGGCUUCAAACAUUUGUCAGGU